AUGCCGGAAAGUGAGAUAGAAACAUAUAUGAAAGGGUACCUCGGAGUUCCGUUGGUUUACUUCGGUUGUCUGCGAGCCAUCCUUGCUGCCACCACGGCCUGGCGGAGGCGGCGGUUGGCGGAGGACGGACAGCGGAAUGUUCCCCAUGAUUUAGAGUCAAUUAGACGGAAUUUUAUUUCCCCUUUUUAUGAAGUGGAUGUCAUUUAUACAUCUCCACAUCGCCGCUAUUAUCUCGAGAAAAAAUCCCCAAAUCUUCGCUCAUUCCUUGGGAGGACCCCGAAACCCCCAAAUCUCAAGGCGAUUCCCCUAACCAUCAUCGGCGUCCACCUUUCUUCCGCCGAGAUUGCCGUCGGUGAUCGCCACAAGCUCUCCAUCAACUUCGAAGUUAGGCUCGGGUCGUGCCCGCUCUUAAGUUUAGCUACAGCUUUGCAGGACGAUCUUACAUGGGCGUGUAAUUUUAGACCUGUUAUUCGAGGGCGCCCAUCUGCAAAACGAGCAAUACAUAUAUGUGGACAGCAUCGAUGGGUAUUCGUCUUGGUAUUUUCUGCAAUGAGUUUCUUCCUCUGGUUUGCUUCAUGUGGUAUUCUCAUUGUCUUAUGGGCCCUUGCUAUUGGACUUCUUGUGCUUGCAGAUAACUACAAAAGAGUGAUUAAAAAAGAAAGAAAGAGUCCCAUAAUCUCUAUAAGAUUAAACUUUGCUGCAUUGGAUUAUAAAUAUGUAAGCUUAGCAGGAGGAUUGUACUUUCAGCCACUUCCAUGGAGUUUGAGAAUGAAGAUUGCUCUUAAUGCUGCAAGAGGGCUCGCCUUUCUCCAUAGUGACGAAAUAAAAGUAAUAUACCGGGACUUCAAGACUUCUAACAUCUUUCUCGACUCGAACUACAGCGCGAAACUAUCUGAUUUCGGGCUGGCUAGGGACGGGCCCACUGAUGAUAAGAGUCAUGUCUCGACUCGGGUCAUGGGAACUUACGGAUAUGCAGCUCCCGAGUAUUUAUCCACAGGUCAUUUAACCGCAAGGAGUGACGUGUACAACUUUGGGGUCGUUCUUCUAGAAAUCUUGACCCGAAAAAAAAAGCGAUCGUAUGUGAGGAAAACAAGCGUGGGGAGACGCGGCGUCGUUUCGAACCCUAGGCGGCUUAAUGUCGGAUUUGAACGAGCUGCUGGGAGCUCUGUACGAGCUGAACCGGAUCAAGUUGGAUGCGGAGAGGGUCGCCUGGAUCGGUCGGAAUUACAAAAGAGCCCUUGGUGUCUCGAAGUCGAUCUUUGCUUGGCUGCUCACUGCUUUUGUCAAUCCGGGCCAUUGCGCAAAGCUGUGGAAGUUUUGCAGCAAGAAGUUUUGGAGGGUGGUUUGCUGAAAUACUGUCUUGAGUUGGGUUCUAAUGAUCUCAAGGGCUUGAUACAAGUUGUUAAGGACAUUGCCUUCCAAUAUUCCUCAUGUUCUUCCAAAACCGACUUGUGA